AUGAUGGAACCACUGAAGGAAAACAUUUCCUUGCACAACUACUUCAUCUUCAGUGGCUUCAGUGAGCUUGGAGCUCUGAAAUCCUUCAUUUCUAUCCCCUUCCUGAUUCUGUUCUUUGUGUCUUUGUUUGCCAACUCUCUGCUGAUCUAUGUGGUCAUUUCACAGAGGAGCCUCCACUCUCCGAUGUACAUCCUCAUCGCCGCCUUGUCAUUUGUUGAUAUGUGCCUGCCACUGAUUCUCAUCCCCAACCUGUUGCUGAACGUCUUGUUCAACGUGAGCGGGAUCUCUCUGACCGGCUGCCUGGUUCAGAUGUUUAUGAUUCACAUGUUAGGAGCUUGUCAGUCGGCUCUUCUGGUCUGGAUGGCGUUGGACCGAUACUUUGCCAUCUGCAGGCCCCUUUCCUACCGUCAUCACAUGUCUUUACCCAGAUUCCUCAGGUUUAUCAUCCCUGUUCUCAUCAGGGAUGUGAUCAUGGUGUCGGCGGUUGUGCUUCUGGCAGGUAAAGUGUUGUACUGCUUCAGGAAUGUGAUAAACCACUGUGUCUGUGAACACAUGGCCUUGGUGGAGUUGGGCUGUGGCAGCACAGCCAUCAACAGUCUGGUUGGGUUAUUAGGAGUCUUUGUGAUCACUGUUGUUGAUUUCUUGUGCAUCGCCGCUUCAUAUAUAAUCAUAUUCCACUCUGUGCUGCGUUCAGGUAAAUUCAGUGCUAAAGCUCUGCACACCUGCAUCACUCACAUCAUCAUCAUGAUCAUCAGUUUGUCCUUUGUGCUCACGGCUUUCUUGGCGUAUCGGAUGAACAGUCUCCCAAACGCUGGUCGUGUUUUUGUCAGCAUCAUGUACAUGUUCCUUCCCAGCUGUAUAAACCCGAUCAUCUAUGGAGUCAGAACCACUGAGAUUCGACAAAACAUCCUCAAAGUUCUGUCUUCUAAUCGCUAG